ACAAAACAAAAAUGUUCGUUACAUAUAUUUUUUUAAUGAUUCGAACUAUUCGACGAAAAAUUCAGAUUUGACCCAUUGUGUCCCAUUCCCCGUCGCUAUGUGAGAGAUGGUUUCAUAACUAAACGAUUCAUCUGGAAUACUGGGCCAUUCAUUAUAACAUUUUUUGGAGUAGCUUUUUAGGCACGAACCAGAAGUGACAGAUCAUAAUCCCAGGUGAAACUGGCGCUUGAUCUAAGGUUGUUAUUUCCAAAUAAAAAAAACCGCAUUAACGAAGCCUUUGCAUUACGGUUAUUUUCUGCAGAGCACUCGAACAUGGUUAGAGGUUAAACUAAUCUGGCACGCUAAACACACGGCCAACAGCACAUUUUUUAUGGCCCUUGGAUAGCAAAUAUUAUUGAACAAUUAAUUGAAAAAAAAAUCAAUAAAAACAAUUAUAGUUAUAAUUUGUUUUUCGUGUUACAAUUAUGUUAGCGAGUGGUAUACCACGUCAUUACGUUACUUGUUUGUCUUAUCUUCUGAUAAACUGUAAUUGAAUAAGUGGGUAUUGUAUAGUAUUGUCAGUAGAAUGACUAAAAUCAAAAACGUGUGGAAAAUGUUCUGUGGUCGAUAAAUGUUCGUGUGCAGCCCGCAAAAUAAUAACUAUUUUUAAUGUUUGACCCAGUUAUAAUAUACUUUGAUUUCAUAUAUGCUUGGGCUAGACAUUGUGUACAACACGUCAAAGUCGUCACCUCAGUCUCAGCCAGACCGUAUCAAUACAGCGGAAUUAUCGAGUACGGUGCACUGCCGGAGCAGCACCGAGUGGUGUGGACAGUCGUAGGAGACAAAUUAACGCGAUCGGGCGACGGCGGCGUUGUUAUCACGAGUGGUAAACAUUCGACGCUAUCUGUGCUGCCAGGACGAAUGAGCGGCGAGGAAAUAAUAAUAAUAAUAAUAAUAAUAAUAAUAAUAAUAAAAGAUAAUGAAUUAAAUGCGCCGACACUUCGCUCGUUAUCGCGGUCGAGUGGCGGUGUCGCGCAAUCGACGGACAUCGCUCGACGACGCAGGACGAACGCGCGACACAUUCACGCGGAUCUCAGUGCGGAGGAUCUUACGCGAUGAACACGAGUCGGGAAUCGCUCAAGCAGUGGCUGUCGGACGUGCUGACGGCCGACGGCGUGUACGGCGCCACCGCCGACCGACCCGCCUCGUUCGACCCGGACAGGGAUCCACGGCACGCGUCCAGGCCCAAGCAGACGCAGCGGCUGUCGUCAGUGGUGGCGUCCGGGCGGCUGACCGUGCCGGCCAGUGGUUCGCGCGCCGCCACGGACACUCGGCUGACCGUCAAGCUCAAGCCGCCCGUGGAACUGCUGCGUACCGUGCUCAAGUCGGACCGACAGUUCCACAACGAGAUGCACGCGUACCAGAACGUGGUGCCGUUCCUGUUAGAACACCUGCCGGACGGGGCCCGCGGGCCCUCGCUGCCCGUGUUCGUGUACGGCCGCAACGAGUGCGGCGCCAGGUGGCCGGAGGACGUCAUCGUGCUGGAAGACCCGCGCGGCCACGGCUACGUGCCCGCGCGCAGCCCGGAACACGGCGGCGGCGUCGGCAGCGCGCACAUGGACUACGGCCACCUGGUCGUGGCCAUCGCCGCGCUCGGCCGGUUCCACGGCAUGUCGUUCACCGCCAAGCAGAAGAACCCCGUUGCGUUCCGCAAGCUGGUGGGCAACCUGCGCGAGAUCCAGUGGGACGAGGACGGCUGGCUGGUCAAGGGCAACGGGCUCAAGUCGAUGAGCAUGCGCGGCGCCCGGCCACUGAUGGAUCAGGACAAGUACCGGGACGGCAAGCUCAAAGGGUUCCUGACCAUGAUCCGGGAGGCCGACCGCAACCUCAAGCUGGCGAUGACGCCCAAGGAACCGUUCGCGGUCAUAUGCCACGGCGACUACUGCAAGCCCAACAUACUGUUCGAGUACGACGAAGCCGGACAGCCAAGGGACGCCAUGAUCACCGAGUUCACAGCCGUCAGGUACGGUUCGCCCGGGCUAGACUUGUCCUACUUCCUGUACAAGAACGCGGACAAAGACGUGCAGGACAACCGGUGGGAAGACCUGUUGGCCGUGUACUUGGAAUCGGUGGCGGCCGUGCUGCCGGCAGACGUCAAGGCGCCCACCGUGGAGCAGCUGCACCACGAGCUCAGGUUCCACGCGCUAUAUGGCUACGCGCACCUGUUGUUCGCCGUGCCGAACAUGAUCAACGACAACCCACGUGGGCUGUUGGAAAUCGACAACGACGACGACAAGACGACCGUCGAAGACCUGCUGGUCGCCCGGAUCGACGCGGCCGACGAGAAGAUCACCGAAAUCCUUUCCGGAACCGUCCGGCACAUCAUCGACCACGGUUACGCGGAGCAAUACGAGUUCUCCAGCAAUUCCCGUCUGUAGGACGAAAUUCCCAGCCGAGCGUGGAGUUUCGUCACUCAGCCUAUCCGAGUCUGUUUCGACGUUAUGUAUAUUAUUUUGUUGUUAUUAUUAAGGCUAUGCAUUUUUAGCGACGUGUAUUUUUUUUUUUUUGUCAACCAAAACGUAACUUUCUCGACCGAAAGUUCGAGUAAUAUAACGACGAAUUCAAUUUUGAAAGAUUCAUUUUGAUUCAUUUGAUUUUUAGGUCAUUGUUUUCUUUUGUUCAUUGCAUCAUUUCAUGAUGAUAUUUUGCAUACAUUUCUGUCAAUUAACUUGUUUUAUGCUCACAUAUUAUAAAUUAUUUUAUAAUUUACGUGGGCCCCACUUAUAUUAAUUAUAUAUAUGGCUGAAUAAUGAUUAUCUAUAAAAAUUAAUUUGUUUUUAGUUUUUGGCGAAACAAAGCUUUCUUAACACAAACUUUGAAACGAUGAAUUUAAUUUUUUAACCUUAAUCUCUAUUUUUUGUUUCUAUUUAUAGUAUUAUAUAAUAAGUCAUUUUCUUUCUUUUUUAUUGCACUCCAAUAUGCAGUUUUAGAGAUUUUAAUUGUAUUUAAUAAAUAUUUAUAAUGCAUUCACAGCCCUAAUUGUUAUUGUUUUAUCAGUUCGGUGCAAUAUUUUCUUGGCACGAAAUCGUUUUCUUUUGUUUUCGUUACAUUUAAUCCACAAAAUACGUUUCGCCUCCGUCUACAUAAUAUUAUCACCUUCUCAGACCGUUCGAUGUAAACUUACCGAUGCGUUAAUUAUUCAGCUUUAGCCGGAGCUUUCACAAAAUUAUCGUCACGUCCCAGUCGGUCGGUACCUACGUAUUAGACGAUGGCAACGGAGUAGUUUCUUCUAGACCGUAAAGUUCACAUCUAUAAAUUGUCCCUCGUCUCAUCCCCCGGUCAGAUAUCAUAUUAUACCUACUACGAUUGUUUUUUGUCCAGUGGCGUACAUAUAAUUCAAUAUUAUCAUAUUAUUAUAAUGUUUGACAGAGAUAGAAAAGAAUAAUAAUAAUAAUAAUAAACCAAAAAAAAAAACUUUCCCAAUUCAAUUAACCUGUAAAUUAUAAUACAACAAUAUUCGUAUUGUUAUUGUUUAUUCGGUGUCGGACGGGGAAAAAAAAUACAAACACAAAACAAUUUUUCUUCCCGAGCCCGUCCACCCGCACUGCAUUAUUGCACACCGUUCGAUAUCGCGGAAAAACCGUGCUUCCCCUGCCUGCCACCCCUCUGCCAUUCACGAACAUGGUGGUCCCGAUACCAUUUGCCCGAAUGGAUUUCCAACCAUAUCCGAUUUUAACUGCGCCCUGGCGGCCAAUAAAUCUGAAUUUAACCGUAGUCCGCGCGCAUAAAACAUUUGUCGUUGCCGCCGGCUAAACGCGCAUUAACAACCCUUCACCUCCGCCACCGAGGCCGUAAGUAAAUUGUAUACCGCGGUAGCCGCCACCACCACCACCACCACCACCCCCCGACGGCGCCACCACCACCGUCGUCCUAUAUCGCCGAUCCACGUCCCGCAGCAGGUCCUUUCCUAUAUUAUAUUAUUAUAUACACGUGUCCUUUUACCUCCGCGGUGGAGAGAAAGGAUGACGGUGGCACUAGGACAUGAGGUGUCGACCCGUUGGGUAUAAAAUAAUAUAACCCGAUAUGGUUAAGGGUUAACAGAUGUCGAUCGCUGUGCUCCGCGUGAGUGUGUGUGUGUGUGUGCGUGUGCGUGUCUUAUCGAUAACCCGGCAGGAGACUAACAACAUUAUACUAUUAUUAUUAUUAUUAUUAUUAUUAUUAUUAUUGUAAUGUUAUAACUUAUAACAUUAUACGUACGAUGGAAAGCGAAAAUAAAUUUAAACCGUAGUUUGUUUAAAGUUUUUUUUUUCAGAUGGAAAAAAAUACGAGAGAAAUGGCAAGUCGAUUUUCAUUCGCUAAUUGCCUCAUAACUCAAAACGACAGUAUUUUUCCGAUACGCAUUUUGUAGGACUG